UCGCGACUGUUGCAAAACAUUACUCAUGAGCGACAGCCAGUUUGUGAUAUUCUCCAUCGGAAACCCGGGGGCCAUCGCACGCCACUCAUGUGGACAUCUUGUGCUCAAAGCCGCCAUGGAGCACUUUGGGGCCAAACAGCUACAGAAAUCGGGGGUGUAUUCGCUGAGCUCCAUUAACAAUAUCACAUUCGUCAAGUCCAACUGCUAUAUGAAUGAGUCUGAAAAAGCCCUCAAACGGUACUUUGAGGCAAAUAAGAAACGGCCAGACUCAGCAAUCGUUAUUGUAUUGUACGAUGACUUUGAGUUGGACUUGGGCCGUGUACGGAUCUCUCAGUUCAAGAAGAAUGAAUCUCAUAAUGGAGUGAAAUCGGUGCUGAGGGUGUUUCAGGAGAUGAAGAAUUUCUAUAAAUUAGGGGUGGGGAUCGGGCCCAAGCCCGUCAGCGCCACCAAGGACACCAUUGCUACGUGGGUGCUAUCGAAUUUCAGGCUUCAGGAGAAAGAGGUGCUCGAACAGAAGGGUAUUCCUUUGGCUAUCGACUAUUUGGAGUACAUAGUUGAGGCCGAGGGAGAGGUGGCAGACUGUAACAAGGUGAAUGCGUACUUUACCAAGGCGAGAUAGGAUUUCAUGUUUUAGGCACUGAAUAGGCAGAGUUCAAGUUAGGCACUGAAUAGGCAGAGUUCAAGUUAGGUACUGGAUAGGCAGAGUUCAUGCUCCUGUACGUAUUCUAUAAGAUUCAAUACUCACAGUGACACCAUUGUGUCCACUCGUUCAGUGCAGAGUCCUUCUACAAAACCGUAUACCGUCUCUUAGGCUCCCUUGGCUCCUCCAAUUCAUCCUCCGUCACCUCAGGACUAGCCGUCCGGCUCGACGCAGACACCUGCUCUUCCCAACCAAACUGCCUCGCAAACGGCGACUCCAACAUCGUAACAUCCUCCUCACUCGAGCCCGUCUCAUCGUCAUCCCCGUGGUACCGCACUCCGUGCACUUCGGUAUCAUUGACCGUACCCGCCAGGCUCAUCACAUGACUAGUCUCAUACUUGUUGCCCAACCUCGUGGCUUUUCUGCCUCUCUCGAUGGCCCGUUCUAUAGUCAUUCUGUGCCUGAUAAAUAACAAUCUAGGAAACAUCGACCUCUGACCUUUCAUGAGCAUCUCCUCCAACCGCUCCACUGUGGGGUCACUCAAGAUGUACAAAAAGUCCAGGAUCCGGUUCCGGGGCCACACGGUGAUGGUUCCAGAAAACCUCUGCAACCAAAUGUUCAGCCAGUCCUGCUCAAGCAAGUGUGGAAGCAAGUCCAAGUUCUUAAUGAUCUUCAACCACUUGGUGAUUUCAAGCCGCAACAACUGUUCCACCGCU